GUUAUCCAGGCUGUCUUCUUUGGGAUCUGCGUCUUGACGGACCUGUCGAGUCUUCUCACUAAAGGAAAUGACAGUCAAGAGCAAGAGAGGCAGCUGAAAAAACUCAUUUCCCUCCGUGACUGGGUGAUGGCUGUUCUAGCUUUCCCUGUUGGAGUG